AUGUCUGUCACACUAACCGCGGUGAAGAGAGUGCAGAGUUCUCCAAACCUAUUGGCCACAGGGCGGGACUCACAGUCUCCAGACUCAGAAACUUGGAGGGCUUACAAUGAGCGAGCCCAAGAGCCGCUGAGCGGAGAUGCGAUUUAUUCAUCACUUGCAGCAAAAGGAUUCAGAAGUGUCCGGCCCAACUUGCAAGACAAAAAACCUUCUUCCCAGGCCCCAGUAGCUGUGAACGGAAACUCCAGCGGGACUAUCGACCUGAUGAGCCGCUGGCAAAGACCCUUUUCCCCAUCUUCGUCCUACUCGCUGCCGGUGUCUCUCCGCUCCAGCCUCAUCAUGCAGCAUGGCAGGGCCGGGGACCCUGGCGAGACAUGCUUCCAGCCUGCCCGGGGUCCUGACAGCCACAGCCCCACGAGCAUCAUCCCGAUCUGCCGAUCCUCCGAGGAGGAGAAGAAGGUCACGGUCAUCAAGGCUCCACACUACCCCGGUAUCGGGCCCGUGGACGAGUCGGGCAUCCCCACUGCCAUCAGAACGACGGUGGACAGGCCAAAGGAUUGGUACAAGACUAUGUUCAAGCAGAUCCAUACAGUGCACAAGCCGGGUGAUGACACUGACAUGUACCACACUCCGUACGCAUACAAUGCAGGAGUGUACCACCCCACGACCACCAACCAGCCUCAUCCCGCAGCAAAAACCCAGACCUACCGGCCCCUGUCCAAGAGUCUCUCCGACAACGGGCCCGAGGUCUUCAAGGAAACGCCGUCCCUGCUGCCGCCGCCCCCCAACAUCCCGCCGCCCAUCCCACCUCUGCGGCCAAGGGACCGGGAAAAGCAUGACUGGGACCCCCCGGACAGGAAGGUGGACACCCGGAAGUUCCGUUCUGAGCCCAGGAGCAUCUUUGAGUACGAGCCGGGGAAGUCGUCCAUCCUCCAGCACGAAAGGCCGGCCUCAUUAUACCAAACUUCUAUAGAGAGAGAGAGAGGCCCAGACAGACCAUCUAGCUCGGCGAGCACCUCCAGUGACUACCGGAAAAGGCGGAAGAGUGAGCCGGCCGUGGGCCACCAGAACGCCAACAGGAUCAGCCCCUCCCGGUCCGACCUCCCAAGCCCAAAUCCAACGCUCGUCAAGUCUUUCACGACCUCUUCCCCUUCUUCCCCAUCCAGAACUCAAGGCGGAGGUGGAGCCACAAGCCCCCCGUGCCCCCCGCGCCCACCAAGCCCGCCGCCUCCCCGGCGCCAGCCGCCCCUCAGCCCCCUGGAGCCCGGCGGCCCACGCCCGCAGCACUUAGCUGUGCCCGUGGAUGCCCGGAGGGCCCUCGGCAUGAAGAAUGGGUGGCAGAGGAGCCGGCAGGAUGCCGCCGACGUCUGGAGCAGCAGCGAGGAGGCCACGGGCCCGGCGUCCACCCCCAAGCUCAAGUCCCGCAGCUGCGACGACCUCUUGGCCGACGAUCGGGACCCCCAGGCCUCCUCGCCGCCGCCACCCCCGCAGCUGCAGCUCCGGUCUGAGAGCCUGGGCAACCUGCCGGGCGCUCCCGAGCUGGGGGUCGGGGCCGGGGGCGAGGCCGAAGCCUUCGGGGCCGGGGCUGAGGCCCUCGGGGGUGGGCCUCUCCGGCCGCGCCCGGCCCAUGGCACCCCAGGGUUCCUGCGGAUGUACCGGAAGAUGCACCGCAUCGACCGUGAGGGGCUGAUGCGCUCGGAAGUGCUGUGCUCCGUCCGGGCCCGCAUCCUGCAGUACGAGAAGGAGAGGCGCGGGGGAGUCCUGCGUGGCUGGGGCCCGCCGGAGGCCGAGGGCGUCCCGCGCCACGUGGUGCCCACCCGAGUCUCGGAGUUCGAGAAGCUGAUCCAGAAGUCCAAGUCCAUGCCGGACCUGGGGGCCGGGACGCUGGAGGCCGAGGCGGCGCUGGAGGCCGAGACUCUGGGGGCUGAGGCCUCGACCACCGGGGCGGCAGAGGGGCCGGACGCGGCUCGGCCCGCUCCGGGCCCCCCGCGGCGCUUCUCCAUCGAGUCCCUGCUGGAGGAGGAGCCCCCGGCCCCGCGCGGCCCUUGCCCCCGGACGCCGGUGCCCGUCCACAUCGAGGUGAGCGGCGGCGAGCCACCGAGCCGGGCCCCAGCCGAGUCCUCGGACAGUGAGCAGGAUGGCGCCGCCUCCGACCCGAGCGACUGCACCCACGUGGAUGGCUCCUCCUUCUGCAGUGAGAGUGACCUGGACCGCUUCUCCUCCUUCACGUCCUCAGAGAGCUGCCACGGCCACGCCAGCAGCCUGGGGCACGGGGUCGGCCUCAGACACCACCAUCACCACCACCAUCACCACCACCUCCACCACCAUCACCACCCGCGACAGCCCGUCGGCUCCUGCAAGGGCCGCUGUCCCGCCGCCCACACGCGCUUCACCGCCGCGCAGAAACCCGAGAGGACCAGGCAGGAGCACCCGGAGGACCGCCGGAGGCCCAGGGCCGACCCCGGCCUGUCCAAGAUCGCUUUCCUGGUCAGCCCGGUGCCCUUCCGCCGGAAGAAGAGUGCCACCCCCAAGCGGAGGAGCGAGCAGGCCAAGCGCAAGGCCUCGGUGCUGGAUGCGCUGGACUCGGCCCUCAAGGACAUCUGCGAUCAGAUCAAGGCCGAGGGGCGGCGGGGCAGCCUGCCCGACAGUAGCAUCCUGCACAGGCUCUUGGCCGAGCUGCUGCCGCACGUCCCCGAGAGGACCUCCUCUCUCCGGGCCCUGAGGGAGGGCCCCCGCUGCCCGCUGCACGCGCCCGCCUGGGGACGGAUGCCCCGCAGCGCGUCCUGCCACGACGUGGACACCGCCCACCUCCGGCCCCCACACCACCUCCACCACCCCCACCACCUCCACCGCCCGGACAGCACCGGCUCCCUCCAGGAGCAAGAGUGUCCGAGGAGCUCCGGAUCUUUGGCCACGGACGGGGUCCGCGGCAGCCCCUGGGAGCGGAGAGCCACGCUGGAGAGAGAGAGGCUGCCGGCCCGGGCGGUGUAUGAUUUCAAGGCCCAGACCUCAAAGGAGUUGUCGUUCUGGAAGGGCGACACGAUCUACAUCCUUCGGAAGAUCGACCAGAAUUGGUACGAGGGCGAGCGCCUCGGGAAGGUUGGGAUCUUCCCCGUCUCCUACGUGGAGAAGCUUUCUCCGCCGGAAAGGGCACAGCCCGUGAGACCCCCGCCCCCGUCCCCGCUGGGAGAAAUCGGACAAGCCGUGGCCAAGUACAAUUUUAAUGCAGACACCAAUGUGGAACUGUCCCUGAGAAAGGGAGACCGAGUCGUGCUGGUGAAGCGUGUGGACCAGAACUGGUAUGAGGGGAAGGUGCCUGGCACCAACCGGCAGGGCAUCUUCCCAGUGUCCUAUGUGGAGGUGGUGAAGGGGAGCGGCCCCACGGGUGGCAACGAUGACCCCGACCCACCGCCGCCACCGCCGCCGCACGGCUACGGCCACUCCAUGGGCAAGAAGUCAUCGCCGGCCCCAGAGGAGGCUGAGGGGACCCUUCAAGAGGUCACCAGUGAGUGGUUGGCACUGACUCUGGGGGCCCCAACCACACCCCUUUUCCCCGACAGCUUCUUCGAUGAAUUAGAGAGAGAGCUGGCCUCCUUAGAGUGGCUGGCCACACCGGCCGCCUCAGGAACCGUCCACCCUCACGCGAAGGAGGUGCCUUCUUCUCCCAUCCUGAGAGUCCCUUCCCACCCUCCAAAAUGCCUUUCACCCCCGCCCCCAAUUCCCGGCUCCCCUCCGCUACCGGCGGCCUGGUCCUGGCGCGGCGGGACCGUGCAAGGGGAAAAGAUGCCCCUGGGCUGGAAGGAAGCAAGAGGCCAUCCCUCUGGCAGAGGGACAGUGAGCCUCUCCCACACCAGGGAACCCUCUGAGGACCUCGAGGAUUCGAACACAGGGCCCUCGCCCAGAACGCUCCCUGCCAUCGAGGAGCGGGAGGAGGAGUUCCGGGAGGAACUGAUGUCAGGACUCGAAGCGGAAAUGCCAAACUGUGAAGGCCUGGCUUUCUACCAGGAGCCAGCCGAAACGUCAGGAUCCCCCAUCAGACUGUUCAUAGAGGAGGAGGAGGAGGAGGAGAAAGAGGAGGAAGAGAAAGAUAAGGAGAAGGAGGCGGAGGAGGAAGCAGAGGGGGAGGCAAACCAUGAUGGCCCCAAAAGCCCAGGAACAGUUGGAAGUGAUCCCGGUCUCUUUAAGCAAGAAUGCCAUGCCCCAAAUCCAGAGCUAGGGACGGUGUCACGUGCCUUCCUCGGAGUGUGCGGAGACUCUGGAGUCCUGGGUUCUAAUCCAGCCUCGGGCAGUGACCUCGUCUGUUCAAACGGAACAGGCCCCAGGGAGAAUACGCGAAUAGCCAGGGGCCCACUUUAUCCAGAUGCCGGGGUCCCUUCCGUGGCGGUUGUAGAGACUCUUGUUCAUUGCAUUACCGUAUGUGGAGUGUUUCCUGUCUCCUGUCUCUCUUCCAUGUUUAAGCCGGCCUCCGUUUCUCCUGGGAAUCGAGGGAGCCCCACCGCCUCCCUGGACCUGCUGCCCUCUAUCCCCCUGCCCCCCUACCCCUGGGCACCGCUCUCUGAGUGCCCCUUCUCUGGGCCGCAGCCUACCCAGUGCUACUCACCUCCUCUCCUUCCUAAAUGCCCCUCCAGAUCAACCCUCAGUUCGGCCCAGCGAAAGGCUGGGCUAAACGGCGAGCUCUGCGUCACGAGUAAGCCGCCUCGGAGCCCGGGGGCAGCCAGGAGGUGCGGCAGCCCGCCAGCCCGAAGCCACGGUGGCUCGCCCAGGCCUCAGCGGCCUGCGUUCACCCAGGAAGGCGCCCGCAGCGGAGGGGAACCGUUCCAAGCCCUGUAUCACUACACGCCCCGCAACAAGGACGAGCUGGAGCUGUGGGAGAACGACGUCGUGGAUGUCCUGGAGAAGUGCGAUGAUGGCUGGUUUGUGGGGACCUCAAGGAGAACCAAGUUUUUUGGGACUUUCCCCGGGAACUACGUCAGAAGGCUGUAACUUCUUGUGUCUUCGUCACCUCCAGCUGGCCCGAAACCACGCUCCCCGGCUCUCGCGUCUCCCCGCUAGUGCUUCAGCCCGGCUUCCCCCUCCCCGCCACCUGCCAGGCUUCCCCCCGCCACCACUCCCACGCCACGCGGGGCCCAGGAGAAGCGAUUCCCACUGAGUCUGCCUUCCUCCUUCCAUCCUCCGUUUUUCAACAUUUGAAGCGUGUGGCCCGAGAGGGCCUGGGAGGAUCCCAGAGGUGAACGGAGCGUCCCGCCGGGGCCCUGCCCCUGCCGCAAGUGGUUGCGGGCGAUCGGGGAUGCCGGUGGCCGGUUGCCUAUCACAGAUUCCAGCCGACACCGUGUUUCCCCAGCCUCGGCUUGACCGCCCGAGCUGCAAUCUCGCUACCGAGUCACCUAUGUUCCAUCCGUGAGGAUUACAGAUCGCAGUCCUGCCCCCGGGAUGUUUAAACCCAAGGGACAGUGACCUGACGUCCCAGCCGGGCCAGGAGCCAGAGCGUGGGCCCGCCUUGGACCAGCACGGGCCGGUGUGAACCUGCGUCGACCACCGGUGAUCAGCACGGUCUUCCUUGGGCAACCCCAAAUCUUUCAGCCUGGGCUUUUCCUGCGUUUGGGCAAACCCUUAGAAAGCUGGAGCGAACAACGGAAGAUGGACCGUAAAAAGCUAUCGUCUUCUCAAGUCGCAUUGCUCUUUUAUAUGAAAAAUAUAAUCGUCGGCAACAUGAACAAUGAAGUGUUAGUGUUUCUAGUAUUUAUCAGAAAAAAAUUUCAGUGAAAGCAGUGUUAGUUUGAGGUGUGAAGGCUUCCUCUAACCCGGGCACUUGAAAAGAUAUUCGCAGGAAGUAUCGUCAAUCGUUGAUUUUCUUUCACGACAUAUUAGCGUGUGCAUAUAUACAUCUGUGCUGUUUGUCACAUUCAUGUGCAUUUGGAUGCAUAGGUGACAACCGUGUUCGGCAGUCCGAGCUCCACAUUAUUUUAUAGGAAUAGAGCACUUCAAAAGGAAUGUCAUGAGUAUUAAGCCUGAUUUUAGUCCGUUUUUGUGUGAACAAAGCUGUCCCCGUGGAUAUGCCAUUUCUUUUCCAUAUGCAGGUCAGGUACAGGUCACAGUCGAGUCCGUGUUAGAGGCAGGAGGAGUUGAGACCGAUUCUUCCCCUGGGGUGUGCAAUCCCUCCUCCAGGCUACUAGGUGGCCUAAUCAAUCAAUCAAUCAAUGGAAUUUAUUGAGCGCUUACUGUGUGCACAGCACUGUACUAAGCGCUUGGGAAGUACAAGUUGGCAACAUAUAGAGACAGUCCCUACUCAACAGUGGGCUCACAGUCUAAAAGGCCUAAAAGAGCGAUGUCUCCCCUCCCCUUGGAGGUGGAGGAUAGGAGGAGGGCUUGUUUUUGUUUGUAUCUUUGUUUCUUUGUUUGUUUUAUGGCAUUUGUUAAGGGCUUACUAUGUGCCAGGCACAGUACUACGCGCUGGGGUAGACACAAGAUAAUUGGGCUGGAUGCAGCCCAUGUUCCUCAUAGGGCUGACCGCUUUAAUCCCCAUUUUACAGAUAGGGUAACUGGCUGCCCCUGGGAAAAUGCGGCAACCCC